CAACACUUGUAAUUGCGACGAAGAAAACGGGAUGCGAGGAUGAUCACCGGUUCGCCGCUUGAUCCGCUUCUCGACGAAGGAUCUUCUAGACAAAACUCUGGCAAGGUUCUUGUUGGUAACUUGAAUAAUGCGACGAAAGGAUACAUCUGUUUCUUUACGCAGAGAGUAAAUGAAGAUAAUUCAUAUAUCUAUAAAUAUAGACCGCGCUGCACGCGAUAGCUUAUCGUUUAAAUUAUCGCUUUCGUCGCCGCGCAGACGAUCUUUGUUUCGUCUAGUUUCGUCAGCAUGAUUGUACGUCAGACGGUGACUAUUACUCCAUAAUUGCAUCAUGCAACUGAAAUAAACCCGCGAAUACUUCGUCGUUGACGAAGGCCGAGAAUUCGAACGAACAUUGAAUGAGAAGCGAAACGAGUUUCCCAGGCGACGCGUCACGUGCGCGUUCCAUCUUAUGGUUCGCAUGGAAACCGAGGACGAUCAACUUCAAGGUUAAAGGGAAAAGCGGUUGCGCGUGUUUCGAAGCCGACGAAGCGCGAAUCGAGUUCGAUCCAAUCGAAAUCAGCUUCAAUCAGGUAGGUUAGGUUUCACAGCGCGGAGAGGGGACUGACGAAGGGAGGAGAGUACGAGGGAACUGCGGAGACACGCGAUGAAGUGAUGAAAAGGGGGCGGCUCGCGGCGAUCCUUCCGACCGAUUUCCAUCGCGUCAGCUGUUCUCUGCUAAGCAGGAAGUUUCGUGUUCGUUGAAAUCAGCAUUCCUCACAGACGUUUCACGUUCCGUAGUGCGCGUCGCCAUCGAUAUAUUGCUGUCGUAUGUCCGCGUGCACGAGAAUGCAGCAGCAAGCACAACAGCACGCGAACGGCAACGGCGCCUUGGCGUCGCCAAGGAAGAAACAACGGAUGUCCACGAGUGGCCGUCCUAUAUCGAAGGUCACAGUGGUCCUGGGCGCGCAAUGGGGCGAUGAGGGCAAGGGAAAGGUCGUGGAUCUGCUGGCGAUGGACGCCGACGUAGUUUGCAGGUGUCAGGGAGGAAAUAAUGCUGGACAUACUGUAGUUGUAGAUGGUGUCGAAUUUGAUUUUCACCUUCUGCCUAGUGGAAUAAUCAAUCCCAGAUGUACAUCUGUAAUAGGCAAUGGGGUAGUGAUUCACUUACCUGGUCUGUUCCAAGAACUGGAAAAGAAUGAGUCUAAGGGACUCAAGAAUUGGGAGGACAGACUUAUAAUUUCGGAUCGGGCGCACAUAGUGUUCGAUUUUCACCAACAAGUCGAUGGACUGCAAGAAUUAGAGAAGGGUACACAGUCGUUGGGAACUACGAAGAAAGGUAUAGGACCAACUUAUUCCAGCAAAGCCGCUAGGAAUGGACUCAGAAUCGGGGAUCUUCUCGGGGACUUUGACAAGUUCUCCCAAAAGUUCAACACUUUGGUCACAUCGUAUCAGAAAAUGUUUCCCGCCUUACACGUCGACGUUAAAGCUGAAUUGGAACUUUACAAGGACUAUUCCGAACGUGUAAGGCCGUACGUGAAGGAGACAGUGUUAUAUUUGCAUCAAGCUUUAAAGGAUGGUAAAAAGGUUUUGGUGGAAGGCGCUAACGCGGCUAUGUUGGACAUCGAUUUUGGAACUUAUCCAUAUGUGACAAGUUCAAACUGCAGUAUAGGCGGCGUAUUGACAGGUCUCGGUCUACCUCCCAGCACAAUCGGCGAGAUAAUUGGCGUCGUGAAAGCUUACACCACCAGAGUCGGCGACGGCCCGUUUCCCACAGAACUAUUUGACUCGACUGGAGAGUUAUUGCAAAAAAGAGGCCAUGAAAUUGGCGUGACCACAAAGCGAAAAAGACGGUGCGGUUGGCUCGACUUACCGUUGUUGAAAUUUACGACGCUAGUUAAUGGAUACACUUCUAUAUGCUUAACAAAACUUGAUAUUUUGGAUACAUUACCGGAGAUCAAAGUGUGCGUUGGAUAUCGAUUGAAGGGGAAGGAUAUAGAUUAUUUCCCAAGUAGUACCUGGGAAAUGACAAAGGUUGAAACUGUAUAUAAAACAGUAGAAGGUUGGCAAUCCAAUACCGAGGGUGUACGUUCUUUUGAUAAAUUGCCACCCAAUGCGCAUAAAUACAUACAAAUCAUAGAAGAAUACUUAGACGUGCCAGUUAAAUGGAUCGGCGUCGGAGCUGGUCGAGAGAGCGUAAUUGCUCUCUGACGAUACACAGUUUACAAAAUGUUACUUAAACGCACGGCAUUAAAUGUAUUAUUAAUUUUAAUUUUAUCUGUAAUAUUUGCAAGCUGAGGGAGAGAUUUCUCGAACGCACAGGCGAAGAAUUUUAACAAUAAGUUUUCAAUGAAUGUAGUAUUAUUCAUGAACUUAAUUGAAUGUACACAUGCAACAUUGUGACAAUUGUAUAAUUGUAACAACAAUGUGAAUGUUUAGUCAUUUUGUAGUAUCUAACAAAAGCCGAAGAUUACUAGAAAUGUUCGUUAUAUUAUCAUUGCUAUUUUAAAUAGAUUCUGUUAAUUAGAGAUAUAUAUAUACUGAACUAAAUUUAUGUUUCAUCAAUUGUAUGUUAUCUAAUUUUAAAUUGUUAGCUCUAUAUGCUACAUGAAACAAUUCCUCAAAUACUAAAAUUUUGACAAUAUAUAUUACUAUUUUCUUGUUGAUGAACUUGAAAUGGGCAAAGUAAAAAUUGA